AUGGCACCUCACGCCCUCUCUCCUGCCGUCCGUUCCGAGGCCACUUCACCAACACCUACACAAGCACAGUCCGACAUCACCGUCCUCGCGUCGUCUCGAGCAGUGAUCAAAGGCCGUCUCACAGCCGCAACAAUUGUCAUUUCUACCGUGACUGGCAAAAUCCAAUCGAUCUGGGAGUCAGUCUUGCCUGCCUCGUCAUUCCCUGCCGAGACUCCGUAUGUCGACCACUCGCCGCACAUCUUGAUGCCAGGAUUGGUAGAUGCACAUGUGCAUUUAAAUGAGCCAGGAAGAACAGAAUGGGAAGGCUUUUGGACGGGCACAAGGGCAGCUGCUUUUGGUGGUGUAACAACGGUGGUGGAUAUGCCUCUCAAUGCCAUUCCUCCUACAACAACGGUCGAAGGGUUCAAGGAGAAGAUCGCCGCAGCACAAGGAAAGUGCUGGGUUGAUGUUGGCUUCUAUGGCGGUAUCAUUCCUGGCAAUGUUGAAGAACUGAAGCCAUUGGUCAAGAUGGGUGUCCGAGGCUUCAAGGGAUUCCUCAUCGACAGUGGUGUACGUGGAGAACAUGUAUUGAGGAUUAAUGUGCAUAAGCUAACAACACCCAGGNUCGAAGAGUUCCCCGCCGUAUCCUCCGAAGACAUCGACAAAGUUUUCCGCGAGCUUGGUGAUGAGCCCACAACAGUCAUGUUCCACGCAGAAAUGAUUCCUCCGGUCACAAAGUCUGUCGGUGACGAUGUGCAAGUUUCAGACCCUCCAAUGGCUCCCACCGGCCCUCUGGACGUAUACCAAACUUUCCUUGACUCGCGUCCGUCGACCUUCGAAACAUACGCCAUUCUGGAAAUCUUGAGUUUGGCACAUUUGGCACCACAGUUGCCUUUGCACAUUGUGCAUCUGUCGGCUGUUGAGGCUAUUCCUAUGUUGCGCAAGGCUCGUGCUAAGGGCGUCAAUAUUACUGCGGAAACAUGUUUCCACUACCUCUCGCUCGCAGCAGAGGCCAUUAAGAACGGAGAUACCAGACACAAGUGCUGCCCACCAAUCCGCAGCCAGAGCAACCAGGAUGGACUCUGGCAGGAGAUGUGCAGACCCGACGACAGCGUCAUCAAGACUGUAGUUUCCGAUCACUCUCCCUGCACACCCAACCUCAAACUGCUGCCUGCAAACGUGCCCGGCGCCAUCGAAACCACCAGCAAAGAAGGCGAAGGAGACUUCUUCUCCGCCUGGGGCGGCAUCAGCAGCGUAGGUCUGGGCAUCAGUGUCCUCUGGACCGAAGUCGCCGCCCGCAACAUCACAAUCGAAGACGUGGUGCGCUGGUGCUGUCUCAACACUGCCAAGCAAGUCGGCCUCGAACACCAAAAAGGAGAUAUCGCUGUUGGCCUUGACGGCGAUAUUGCAGUCNUUGACGAUGAGGCUGAGUUUAUUGUUCAGCCUAACACUAUGCUGUUCCGCAACAAGUGUAGUCCUUACCAGGACAAGACGCUCAAGGGUAUUGUUAAGGAGACUUGGCUUCGUGGCCGUAGAAUCCAUACUCGUGAGCAAGGAUUUGUUGAGAAGACUGGUCCUGCUGGACAGCUGCUGCUCGAGCCCAGAGUCAAGGCCUAG